GCCAGCCUGCGGAGGCUCCCGGGUCCCCGCGCCUGACUGAGGCUGGGGGCUUGCAGCCCGCACGGGGCGGAUCGGGCGGGCGCCCCGGGCGUUUGCCAUGAGGGCGCCGCGGCGCGCGUGAGGAGGAUGCGGCAGGAGGCGGAGUAGCGGGGGCGCCCUCGGGAGGGAGCCGCCGCGCGCGGGCCAGACGGCGCCCGGAGGCUCCGCAGUGCCGCCGCCGUCGCCGUCGCCCCGGAGGCUCCGCGAGGGAGCCAUGUAACCCUGCGGCGGGCUCCGGGCUGCUCCGUCCUUCCCCCAGGCUCGCGGGCCAGCGCGGCGGCGGGGGGCCACGAUGAAGAAGCAGUUCAAUCGCAUGCGCCAGCUGGCCAACCAGACGGUGGGCAGGGCAGAAAAGACUGAAGUUCUAAGUGAAGAUCUCCUUCAGGUGGAGAAGCGCCUGGAGCUGGUGAAGCAGGUGUCCCACAGCACACACAAGAAGCUCACCGCGUGUCUGCAGGGCCAGCAAGGGGCAGAGGCCGACAAGCGCUCGAAAAAGUUGCCUUUGACAACGCUGGCUCAGUGUUUGAUGGAGGGGUCAGCCAUCCUGGGCGAUGACACACUUCUCGGGAAGAUGCUGAAGCUUUGUGGGGAGACGGAGGACAAGCUGGCGCAGGAACUGAUCCACUUUGAACUGCAAGUUGAGAGAGAUGUGAUUGAGCCCCUGUUUCUGCUGGCAGAGGUAGAAAUCCCAAAUAUUCAAAAACAAAGGAAACAUCUAGCAAAGUUGGUGCUGGACAUGGAUUCUUCACGAACCAGGUGGCAGCAGACUUCCAAGUCUUCAGGUUUGUCCAGCAGCUUACAGCCUGCGGGUGCCAAAGCUGAUGCCCUCAGGGAAGAGAUGGAGGAGGCUGCCAACCGAGUGGAGAUUUGCAGGGACCAGCUCUCUGCUGACAUGUACAGUUUUGUGGCCAAAGAAAUUGACUAUGCAAACUACUUUCAAACGCUCAUCGAAGUGCAAGCUGAAUACCACAGGAAGUCCCUGACGCUCUUGCAGGCUGUAUUGCCCCAGAUAAAAGCACAACAGGAGGCCUGGGUGGAAAAGCCAUCCUUCGGGAAGCCCUUGGAGGAGCACCUGACCAUCAGCGGCCGGGAAAUCGCCUUCCCCAUCGAGGCUUGCGUCACCAUGCUGCUCGAGUGUGGGAUGCAAGAAGAGGGCCUCUUCCGCGUCGCCCCCUCUGCUUCCAAGCUGAAGAAGCUGAAAGCGGCUCUGGACUGCUGUGUAGUGGACGUGCAGGAGUACUCGGCAGACCCCCAUGCCAUCGCAGGAGCUUUGAAAUCUUACCUCCGAGAGUUACCAGAGCCUCUUAUGACCUUUGAGCUUUAUGACGAGUGGAUCCAGGCUUCCAAUAUCCAGGAGCAAGACAAGAGGCUUCAGGCUCUGUGGAAUGCUUGUGAAAAAUUGCCCAAGGUCAAUCACAACAACAUCCGAUACUUGAUCAAGUUUUUAUCUAAGCUGUCAGAAUACCAAGAUAUAAACAAGAUGACACCCAGCAACAUGGCUAUCGUUUUAGGACCCAACCUGUUAUGGCCACAAGCAGAAGGGAACAUCACGGAGAUGAUGACCACCGUGUCACUGCAGAUUGUGGGAAUCAUCGAACCCAUCAUCCAGCACGCGGAUUGGUUCUUCCCUGGGGAGAUCGAAUUCAACAUCACAGGCAACUAUGGGAGCCCAGUGCACGUGAACCACAACGCCAACUACAGCUCCAUGCCCUCCCCAGACAUGGACCCUGCUGACCGGCGCCAGCCCGAGCAGGUCCGCCGGCCCCUCAGCGUCGCCACGGACAACAUGAUGCUGGAGUUUUACAAAAAGGAUGGCAUGGGCGUGAGAGUCAUGGACACCUCUUGGGUGGCCCGGAGAGGCUCCUCUGCUGGCCGGAAAGGGACCUGCGCCCCGCCCACCAUGCAGCCGCCCGCCCCACCCGCCGAACUUGCUGCGCCUCUGCCGUCCCCGCUGCUCGAGCAGCCCCUGGAGAGCCCCGUGGCUCCCGCGCUGUCGCCAUCCUCUGGCCUGGGCCUGCAGCCCGGGGCCGAGCGCACCAGCACGUCUAAAAGCAAGGAGCUCUCUCCAGGGUCUGGGCAGAAAGGCAGCCCAGGCUCCAGCCAGGGGCCAGCCUGUGCAGGGACACAGCCCGCGACGCAACCGAGCUGCAGCCCCAGCCAGCUGCCCGCAGACCAGAGUCCGCACACCCUACGGAAAGUUUCCAAGAAGCUGGCGCCCAUCCCACCCAAGGUUCCCUUCGGCCAACCCGGGGCUGUGACAGAGCAGCCUGCCGGCCAGCCGUCCCCAGUCAGCCUGUCUCCCACCCCGCCAAGCACCCCAUCACCCUAUGGACUGAGUUACCCUCAGGGCUACUCCUUAGCCUCAGGCCAGCUGUCCCCAGCUGCGGCUCCCCCACUGGCCUCUCCUUCUGUCUUCACGAGCACUUUAUCCAAGUCCCGGCCCACCCCGAAGCCCCGACAGAGGCCCACUCUGCCGCCGCCUCAGCCUCCCACAGCCAGCCUCUCGGCAUCGAGUCCACAGGCCACGGAGCACCCCAUGCUGGAUGGCGUGUCCCCCGGGGAAAGCAUGUCCACAGAUCCUGUCCACUUCGAGAUCCCCUCCAUCCACAUCGAACUGGGGUCCACACUCCGCCUCAGCCCCCUGGAGCACGCACGGCGACACUCGGUGACGGACAAGAGGGACUCGGAGGAGGAGUCGGAGAGCACAGCGCUCUGAGUGGUCGGCAGUGCGCCCCCGCUGCGCGUGUACAUAC